GAUGGAGGCUCUGGCAUUAGUUUUCAUUUUCGGCGCUCAAAAGAUGAUAUAAAAAUGAAUAUUUGAGACUUGUGUUUUUAUUAGUUUGUAAAACAGAAAAUGGUAACGAUUGUUGAUGAUAUAGAUUUUUUAACAGUUCAAGAGGCGAUUUUUAAAGAUGUCAAAUAUUACCUCUCUGGCGAUGUCUCGGAAAGGAUUAUGCAGUUACUUCAGUCAGGUGGAGGUGAAAAUACAAAAUAUUUUUCUGACUACGUUACUCAUCUAAUUUGUGGUCAAAAUGCUGCCGAUACAGACAUCGAUGAAGCUCAGGACAUCUAUCAGAUUCCUGCUGUGAAUGAAAAUUGGGUCCUUGCUUGUGCUAGAUUAAAAAAAUUGGCAAACACAAAGCCAUACUUUCCUAGCAAGAAUAAAAUAUUCUCAAAUGUUGUUGCAUGUGUAUCCAAAGUGACUCCAGCCGAUGCCAAAUCAUUAUUUGCGCUAAUAUCUUAUCAUGGUGGAAGAGUGAAGUUAAAUUUAGAUAGUCAGUGUACUCAUUUGAUCUGUGGCUCGACAUCAAGUAAAAAAUAUAAUUCAGCCUUAUCAUUAUCCUAUAAAAUUAAAAUCGUCACUCCAGACUGGGUUUUGGAGAGCUUGCGAGCUAGAAUACAGGCAGUGGCUGAGGUAUUUCACCCUAAAUUAUUGGUUAUACCAAAACCGCCACCGCCACCAAAACCAAUGGAUCGUAUUAGUGCAAUUACAGGAUUCGAUUUUGAAGAAGGCAUUGCUAAAAACGAAGUUCCAACUCAAAACAUGUCAGAAGGUAAAAAUGAAGAUACAAAAGCACUUUUAGAUAAACUCAAGCAAAGAAUGCCUUGGAAUAACAAUCCAUCGACAGCUAAUUCUUCAGCAGUCACAACUUCUAAUGCUAACUCAAUGGGCUACACAAUUGCAUCUAACACAACAAGUAUUGUUACAAAAUCUUUACCACAAGGAAUAAAUCAGAAUGUACAAAUACAGGGUGUUCAACAAAACACCCAGCUUAUACAGAAGUUUGGACAGAAUCCUCCUAUUUCACAGGCAAAUAUUAAUAUUCAGAAUCAACAAUCUAAUAUGCAACAAGGUUAUACACAAACUCAACAGUCACCACAACCUCAUGGGCUAUCUGCAAUACAAAUACAACAACAAAAGUUACUACAACAACAUCAACUCAGAAUGCAAAUGUUACAACAAGGCUUUACUCAGCCAAACGUUUCUCAGAUGAAUCAAAAUAUUUCUGGUCAAAUUCAGCAACAUAUUCAAAGUAAUCAACAUCAUGUCCAACAAUCACAAAAUGUUUCUCAAUCACAGAAUACAUCUAUGACUUCUGCUCAACAACAAAUUGAAAGCAUUAGUCAAAUGCUGAGUCAAAGUGCCAAUAAUUUACAACAAGCAAAUAAUUUGCAGCAAGCACAGCUUAAUCAACAAAACAUGUCUCUAAAACAAACUCUUACUUUAAGUCAGCAAAGUGCCGUGCAAAACAUUGCUCAGCAAUUGGCACAGUCAACUCAAAAUUUACAACAGAGCUUACAAAAUGCGAAACUUAACCAGAGCCUUGGUCAAAAUCAAGUGAUAAACCAGCAACAGAUGAUGAGCUCUGGUCAACAACUUUCAUCACAAAAUCAAGGCAUGAUCCAACAGCAGACUGUUCAAUCUUUGACUAAUCAGCAACAAAAUCUUAAUAUGGGAGUUCAGCAAGGCCUUGUUACAUCCCAAGCUCAAUCCAAUCAAGGACAACUAAGCCAAUUAGUAAGUAAUGCCUCUCAACAGUCUGUCAUUGGUCAGCAAAUACAACAAUCAAUACAAGGUCAACAGAGUGGAAACAUGCCAGUGCAAGGUACAUGGAGACAGCAGAAUAUUCAAAUGGUUCAAAAUGUCCAAGGUCAACAUCAAAUCAUCAGGAGUCCAUUGGUUCAGUCAAGGAAUCCCCAAAACCAAGUUAUAUUACAGCAGCAAAUUAUGCAAACUCAACAGCAAGCAUUGAUAAACAACCAACAGUCUCAGCUGAGUCCACAGCAUGGAGUACAACAAUCACAACAGAUUUUACAACAAUCCAUUGGAUCUCAAGGUCAAGCAAUAAGUCAGACACACCAUCAAAUACUGGUACAGAAACAACAACUAUUAAACAAUGCUGGACAACAACAGAUUGUUCAAGCACCACAGCAAGUUUUGAUAAAUCAGCACACUGGCCAACAGCAAAUACUUGUUCAUGGAAAUCAACAAGUUACCCUACAGGGUGGACAGCAAAUAGUAUCACAGAGCCAAAUAGUCCAUCAGGGAGGUCAAUUAGUCAAUCAAGGUGGACAACAGAUACUUACUCAGGGUACUCAACAAGUUCUAUCACAAGGGGGGCAACAUGUAAUAACCCAACAGGGACAACAGCACCAAGUAGUGAUAGCUCAAUCACCACAGCAAAUUGUAUCCCAGUCGGGACAACAGAUAAUUGGUCAAAAUGUUGGUCAGGGACAACAAGUAUUGUCACAGGUGCCUCAGUCUCCUCAGCCUGGAGGGCAAAUUACUGGUGGAGGCAUUCAGCAGAUAAUAACUCAUAGUGGUGGACAGCAAAUAGUGUCACCAGGUGGGCAGCAAAUUGUACAGGGUGGGCAGAAUGUUUCUUGGCAACAGCAGCAAUACAUUCAGCAACGCCAACCCAUUGGUCAACCCACUGGAGUUGGACAAAGGCCCCUACAAGUAUCAUGGACAGCUGGCGGCGGCGGGCGGCAGCUGAUCCACCUGGACGCACAGACGCAUGCGCAGUUGCAGCAGAUGGACCCACAGCAGCGCGCGAUGUUCGUGGCGCAACUGCAAAAGCGGCGGCAGCUGCAGAUACAGCGGGCUCUGGCACAGCAGCAGCAACCAGUCGUAUCAGGAGCCCCUGGUGGUGGACUGCAAGCAACACAGAAUGUCACAUUCAUUCGGAGUCCUCUACCACCCGGUCUCACGCAACAACAGCAGGUACAAUGGCAGGUGCAACAGCCAGGAAUUAGAACUGCCACAAUUCCUGCUGCAACUCCGUCGCAGACACCACAGUCACCAGUGGGCGCAGUGGGGGGCACAGUGGGUAAUGUGGGGGGAACUACAACAGUAGGUGCGGGAGUGGAGACGCAGUUACAACAGUUGCAACGGCAGCAACAGUACCGGCUGCAACAGCUGCAGGCGCAGCGGGACCAUGCUCACCAUCAGACUGCUAAACAGGUGGCGCCUGUUACGCAACACGUGGUCACCCCACUGCAAGAACAACAAGUCGAUGCUAUUUUGACACCCACUACACCCGAACAACAACAAGCAGGUGCAGGUGCACUGUUGGUGAAUCCCAAGACGAAGACGGCGCUGGCUAAUAUGCUGUCCAUCCGCCUGCAAGGGACUGCACCGCCUGCUGAUCAUGAACCAUCUGCCGCCGGAACCCUUAGGCUUAUGACGGCUGCGCACGCGGCGGGCGGUGCUGUGCGCGCGCCGGCGCGUCUGCUGCUCGGCGCCGCGCACCACCCGCACACCGUGCCAGCACCGGCCGGCAGCACGGUAGUUGGAAACAAGGUGUAUGGUAGUGUGGGCGGGGUGGGCGCAGUGCGUGCAGCGCCGCCUCGAGCGCAGUUCUAUGGACACAAUCCUAACCUAAAAUUGCCCCCAGACCUGUUCCUGCUUGGAUGUGUUUUCCAUGUUGUGGAGUACCAGCAGUCGGUGGGCAGCGAGCGCGUGGCGCGCUGGACGGAGGCGAUCCAGCGGCGCGGCGGCGAGGUGGAGGCGGGCUACUGCGCGCGCGUCACGCACGUGCUCUGCGAGACGCAGCGCCACGGCGUCGUCAUGCAGGCGCUGCGCGACGCGAAGCGGUGCGUGACCGCGUACUGGGUGCUGGACACGAUGGAGCGGCGCGCGGUGGCGCCGCCGUGGCAGGCCAUCCACCUGCCCGCCAUGUACGCGGCGCGCGAGCGGCCCGCGCGCCACCACCGCGCCGCGCUCUCGGGCUGGCGCCGCGACGAGCGCCGCCGCCUCGCCUGCUGCCUGCGCCAGGUCGGCGCCAAGCUAACGCCGUACAUGACGCGCGACAACACGGUGCUGAUCUGCAAGCGCGCGGAGGGCAACAAGUACCGGCGCGCGCGCGAGUGGGCCAUCCCCGUGGUCAGCGCCGCCUGGCUCACCGACCUGCUGCUCGGCAACAUGACGGCGCUCUCGCAGAUCGAGAAUGCAAAAUAUCAACAGUUCAAUUUGGCGAGCCCGUUCCGGAUGGACUACAGUCUUGUUUCUCAUUUAAUGAACGCGUGGAAGAUGCCGAUAAACAUAACGCAAGAGUCGCACGAGCGGGCGAAACGCGCGGCGGCCGCGGCGGGCGAGCGGCGCGCCAAGCGGCCGCGGCUCAGCUCCCCGCCGCCCGCGCCCCCCGCGCCCGCCGCACCCCCCGCGGCCGCUGCCCCCGCGCCCGCGCCGCCGCCGCUGCACCUGGCGCCGCGCGUGCUCUUCUCCAACGUGCCGCCCCCCGCGCACAACCGCCUCGCCGCCGUCGUCAGGCAACUCGGUGGGUUAGUAGUAACGUCAGCGGCGGAGGCGUCGCAUCUCGUUAUGGACAAACUGGUUCGCACUUGCAAGCUCGUGAGCUGUCUCAUAACCGUCAAGCAUCUGCUGACCACAGAGUGGGUCACCGAGAGCCAGAGACUCAAUAAAUUCGCAGACGAAGCAAAAUUCGGUCUCCGUGACGAAGAGUUCAACAGGACGUUCAAAUGUGACAUAGACGAAGUAUUAUUGAGUGGGGAACAAAGGAAGAAACUGUUUGACGGGGUCACCUUCUUCCUCACUCCCUGCGUCAAACCUGCCAAGGCGAGUCUCACGGAAAUGAUAGAACUGUGCGGCGGGAAAGUGGAGAAGAAUCGAAGGUCUUAUGUUUCUAUACAAGAGAUGCACAGCCAGCGGCCGUACAGCUACUUGGUGCUCACUGUGCCCAAUGAUUUGCAUUUAGUGUACUAUUUGCUGCAGUCCGAGAAGACUUUGAAUGUCGUAUGCAGUACUGAAGUGGUGUUGUCGGCGAUUAUGAGGCAAAAGUUAGAGAUUGAAGAGUUUCUUGUCAAAAUAGACUAAUUGGUGUGUUGAAAAGUAGCAAAAAAAAGCAAUUGCAUUGUCUGUAAAAUACUUCCAUGUAUAUAAGCGGAUAGUGAGUUUUAUAGCUAGAACGUUUAUAUCACUUUAGGUGUAUGUAAGUAGAAUAUUGUUCGACAUAUUUUUUCAUAUAGAAAUUAUAACAAAAUAUUAUUUUCAGUUGAUUUUUAAAUGCAUUUAAUAGUUAAUUAAAACGCGUCCGUGCCUUAAUUUAUUACGAUUCAUAUUCAUACGACAUUCUAGGAAUCUCUGUGUCUGUUUCGAAAUAUAGAUUGUUAAGGAGAGUAAACUUUUUGUAUGCGUAUUUAAAUUUUGAGAGUUAUACUUAUUUAGAAGGCAAUUUAGAAUGUGGUCCAAUGCCAUGGUGUAAAGAAUUUAAUAAAAGACUUUUUGUAAAA